CCACAACCACUGUGCUGACAAAUGUUGCUGCUUUUCCUGGUGACAGGUUAGCAUAGCUGCUCAGCUGCACGUUUGACUGUAAACUAGCAGGUUAAGAGUUGAACCAGGACGGCUGAGCAGCCGCCUGAGUCCCAGACCCCCCCAGGGUGGAGCCUCCCCCCAUCCAGCACAGGUGCACUGCAACGAUUCACAGUAAAAUGCAGGAGAACAACUUUGAGCAGCCGCCGUCUCUGUCUCAGCUCCUCCGGGAGAGCUACCUCGCAGAGGCCAGAGCCCAGCAGCGCCGUGGGGAGAUGAGUCACUCCGAUUCAGCAUCUUCACGCUUCCAGGUUUUUUUGCCCCUGAAAGGCAAAGGUGAGGACGCUGGGGGCCAAAACGACAGCCAAUUCCCAGACCUGUCAGCCUUCCUCAGUCAAGAGGAGCUGGAUAAGAGUGUCAAUCUGGCCCAACAGGCCAUUGGGAAAAAGCCUCAAGAGGUGGAGGUCAAAGCCUCGGCAUCACCAUUAACCACCUCCAACAGCUCCUCAUCUUCAGUUUUGUCCUCCGCUCCCCCCUCUGUUGUUCUUAACACCCAGCCUAUGGGGCUUUUUUCUGACGCCUCAACUGAACCGAGCAUGGAAGUUCAAAAAACAGCAGGGACUCACUCAAGGUUCACAUCGGAAAGAAAGAUGCACAAAUCGCUGGCUCGGCAAGAUGGUUUGAACCGGAACAUCAGGGAUUCUGCUGAGGAGUUCAACGACAGGCAUGUGAAGGGCGCUCCCUACAACCUGGAGACCCAGUCCAAGAAGGAGUUCCUCAACAAGGCAGCAGAUUUCAUCGAGGAGCUGUCCUCCCUCUUCAAGGCCAACAGUUCCAAAAGGGUACGACCCAGAGCAUGCAAGGCUCACAGGACCAGGGCCCCGAGCAAGGGCCAGAACGAAGAGACCGGAUGUCCCCUCAGCUCUGAGGACAGGGAGCGAGCUGUGAUGCCUGUGGAAGUGGAGAAGAAGAGAUGCAGCACCCCGGUGAGCCACCUCCCAACGGUUCUUCAGGAUCCUGAAUGUGCACAAACGGAGGUCCAGAAGUGCCGGAGUGAAGAGGAACCUGAUGAAGCUGUUUCUCAGAAGGCACAGGAGCAGGCUGAAUGUUUGGCCUCCACAGAAACUCCAUUCCAGUCGGAGACUGUGUGUGAGCCUCCUCGUUUUAUUCAGAAACUGAAGAGUAGAGAAGUUCUUGAAGGAACCAAAGUCCAGCUGGACUGCAUUGUUGCAGGACAUCCUGCCCCUGAAGUCCGGUGGUUUUGUGAGGGGAAGGAGCUGGAGAACAGCCCUGACAUUCAGAUCCUCUCCAGCGGUCAGCUGCAUUCUCUCAUCAUAGCAGAGGCCUUCGAGGAGGACACCGGCCGCUACUCCUGCUUUGCAUCUAAUUUCUGCGGAACAGACUCCACGUCAGCUGAGAUCUAUGUCGAAGGAGCCUCCUCCGACUCAGACGUGGAGCAGCUCUUUGAUCAUGUACCCCAGCUGCAAAGAAAACCAUACAAGGCUUCUGUGUGUAGACCCUCAGUGAGUCCAGCGCGUCCCACCGUGGAGAACAAGCUCGAGGCAGCCACAGAGGAACCAGCAGAGGAGCUCUCAACUCCACUAACUACACAAACUACACCCCAAUCUGUUCCUGCCCAGAUUCCCACAGAGUUACCCCCCGUCCCAGACCACUCUGAAACAUCUGCAGCUCUCCCACUGGCAACAGAGCCACCUGUGUUAUCGGUGCAACUCUCUUCAUCUUCAUCAGGAGUUCCUGCAGAGGAGAGCUCCAUCCCAGCCUUAUCAGCAGCACCAACAGAGACCUCUGGACCUUUAAAUACUGUUGUUUCAUCUGUGCAGCCAGUUCUGUUACAUCCAACACUGACAGAGACCUCUGGACCUUUAAAUCUUGUGGUUUCAUCUGUGCAGCCAGUUCUGUUACAUCCAGCACCAACAGAGACCUCUGGACCUUUAAAUCCUGUUGUUUCAUCUGUGCAGCCAGUUCUGUUACUUCCAGGAACGACAGAAACCUCCGGACCUCUAUAUCCUAUGGUUUCAUCUGUGUUACAUUCAGCACCAACAGAAACCUCUGAACCUUUAAAUCCUGUGGUUUCCUCUGUGCAGUCGGUCCUGUUACAUCCACCACCGACAAAAAUCUCUGGACCUUUAAAUCCAGUGGUUUCGACUGCGCAGCCACUUCUGUUUCAUCCAUCACUGACAGAAACCUCUGGACCUCUACAACCUGUGGUUUCCUCUGUGCAGCCGGUCCUGUUACUUUCAACACAGACAGAAACCUCCGGGCCUUUAAAUCCAGUGGUUUCCUCUGUGCAGCCAGUUCUGUUUCAUCCAGCACCGACAGCCCAACUUCCGAGUUCGGUUCCGAACCACAGCGGCCAGCAGGCUUCAGAUGUUCCGCUGGUCAUGGCUGCACCUGUGUUUACAAAGAGCCUGCAGGACUUCACUGCAUCGCAGGGCCAGCUGGUGGUGCUGGAGUGCCGUGUCAAAGGGGCGCCGUCACCACAAGUGGACUGGUUCAGAGAGGGAAAACUCCUGGAAGACUCUCCGGAUUACAGGAUCCUACAAAAAAAGCCCAGAUCUCCGGCUGAAUCAGAGGAGAUUUGCACUCUGGUGAUUGCUGAGGUCUUUGCUGAGGAUUCUGGGAUGUUUACCUGCACCGCGAGCAACAAGUAUGGAACCGUGUCCAGCAGUGCUGCAUUGAAGGUCAAAGGGGAUGGCAGCAACAUAACCCACAUCAGGCCGCUCAGCAGCUCACUGCUGGAGCCCGGUCGAGUCCCCGAGGCCCCCACCCCGCUGGUUAAAACUCAGCCAGAGAUCAGUGUGAGCAGCAGCAUCAAGCCUCAUUCCAGCACCAUCAGUCUGGACCCACUCGUUUCCAGCACACUUCGACUGGACCCACUGAGCAUCAGCCAUCUCCAUCUGGAGCCCCACAGUUACACCACAUCCAGACCAGACCCCCACCGCACCAGCCUGCCCAUCUCCAGCUCUGCCACGAACCUUGAGCCUGGUUCUGUCAACCAGGAGCCCUUCGGAUUCAGUCGGGCACAUCAGGGGGGGCUCAGCGGCAAGAAGAUUUUCCCUCAUCUAAAACCCGGCAGUUCUUUUCCAGCAGCUGAGACCUCCUCUGAGCAGGGAGGGUCCAGACCUUCAGAGACUCUGCUGGUCAAGAAGACCUCGAAGAACCAGAACCAGAGCAGCACCGUAGUGUCCCUCCCUGACCCCCCUCCAAACUCCUGCCUGAAAACAGGCACCAUGACGAACCACAAAGACCCCCGCUCUGGUUCCAGGGUUGGUCUGCGGGUGCACUUCAAACUACCCGAGGAUGAAGAGUACGGCUCCUCCAGCGACUCUGAGGAAGACGUCCUCCUGGCUUCAGCCGGCAAAGAGCCCCCCCCGGUGCGGGCCAAACCCAAACUGGAUCCAAGUCAGCUCCAGCUUCUGCACAACCAGGUCCUCAUGGAGCAACAGCAGGAGAGCGAGUCCCAGCCCCGAACCUCCAGCCGGCCUCCACCCCCAUCCCUUCUGCAGCCUGAGGUCCAAAGCGCACAAGAAAGUUCACUGUGGCCUCCAAGAAUGCAGCGAGAACCCCAGGUGCCAGUUUUCCAGUCUUUUGUGAGCAACGCCCAGCAGAUCUCUGGUCCUCCUCCAACCACCUCCACUCCUGCUUCUGCACUGACCACUGCUCCAACACUCACUACUACGGUUUUACCUCCUUUCAAACCCUCUCCUGCUCCUCCUAUGAGCUUUUUGCACACUCCUCAUGCUAAGACGCUCCCUCCACCUGUCCCACUCCUGAGCUCAGCUCCUGCGCUCAGCACACCACCUCCAGGUCAGAGCAGCACCAUCCACGCCUCCCACUUGAACCUCUCCCCAGCAGCUCUCUCCAGAACUGCCUUUUCCUCCCCCCCUGCACCAAAGCUCAGCAUCCUCCCCACAGAUCUGAACGCACAGCAGAUUACAUCUCCAGCUGCUGUCCUGAGAAGCGCCCACGCCUCCUUAAUGAACCUCACAUCCAUCUCCUCCACCUUCAACUACGCCCGGCCUAAAGAGUUCAUAGCAGCUCAGGCCCAGUCGCCCAUCAUGAGUCCGUCUCCAACAGAAUCUCCUGUUCCUCUGCUGCAGGAGCUGGCCGCUGAGCUCAACUCCUCGGCAGCCAGCUCCCCGAUCCCGCCGCCGUUCUCCCCUCCACUCAGGCUCUCCCCAACAAGGGUGCUCAAGUCCCCCACCAGCCCUCCGUCCCUCGUGUCCUCGCCGACUCCAGGCUCAUUCCUGAACAGCAUGUCCUUCUUACGAGCCCAGUCGCCCCCGCAGGCCUCAUCGCCCACCUCGAGCAGCUCCUCCCCCAGCCCCAUCCAAAACCCGGUGGCCUUCCUCAGCUCCGUCCUGCCGUCGUUGACUCCAAGCCAACCCACCAACGCCAUGGGUCUCCCUAAAGGAGCUCCUCGAGGAGUUCAGAAGAAGACUCCAAAGGUCCGCCUCCCAUCAGCUGAAAACAUCCGUGAGAGCAAAGAGCUCCUCCUUCUUGACCUCGAGAAGCUUCGUCUUAAAGACAGCGCUCCAAAGGCGGAGUACCUGCAGAAGCGGAGUGUUAAGGGGGAAACAGCGAGCAGACUCCUUGGACCAAACAUUCCUGCUACUGUCUUUAACUAUGAUGAGGAGUACAAAGUCUCCAACUUUGAGCAAAGGCUGAUGAGUGAGAUCGAGUUCCGUCUGGAGCGAACGCCGGUGGAGGAGUCGGAUGAGGAGGUGCAGCAUGACGACGUCCCCUCUGGAAGAUGCAUUGCGCCCAUCUUUGAUAAGAAGCUGAAGAACUUCAAGGCGGUGGAGGGCGUGCCGGUUACCUUCUCCUGCAAAGUGGUGGGCGUUCCCCCUCCAAAGGUUUACUGGUUCAAAGACGGGAAGCAGAUCUUGAGGAAAAAUACUCACUACAAGAAGAUGAGGGAGGGGGACGGGACCUGUGCUUUACAUAUAGAGUCCACCACCAGUGAUGAUGAUGGGAACUACACCGUCAUGGUUGCAAAUCCCCAGGGACGAAUCAGCUGCUCAGGUCAUCUGAUCGUCCAAACCGGGCCUCCUCGACAUCGCCUGGCACCCCUCCACCCUCAGAGAGUGCGAUCCCGCGUUCAGGAAGUGGAAGGAGAACAAACUCAGGAGCGCUUUUUUCGGCCUCACUUCCUGCAGGCUCCAGGGGACAUGAUGGCCCACGAGGGCCGACUGUGCAGACUGGACUGCAAAGUAAGCGGUCUUCCCAACCCGGAGUUGAUGUGGCUCGUCAACGGAAAGCCCAUCUAUCCAGAUCUCACCCAUAAGAUGCUGGUUCGGGAGAACAGCGUCCACUCACUGGUCAUCGACCCCCUGAUGCAGAACGAUGAGGGAACGUACACGUGCAUAGCAAGCAACAAGGCUGGGCAGAGCUCCUUCAGCCUGGAGCUGAAGGUCGUGGAAAAAGAGACCAAGCACGCCCCCCAGUUUGUGGAGAAGCUGCAGAACAUGGGCAUCCCUGAGGGCAGCCCGGUGAGGCUGGAGUGCCGUGUGGUGGGCAUGCCGCCUCCAGCCAUCUUCUGGAAGAAGGACAAUGAGACCGUCUCUAAAACUAAAGACAGAAUAAGUAUGACUCAAGAUGCUACAGGAUAUGUGUGUCUCCUAAUCCAGACAACAACCAAAGACGAUGCUGGCUGGUACACAGUGUCAGCGAAAAAUGAGGCUGGGAUUAUUUCUUGCACCUGCAGACUUGAUAUAUAUGCGCAGUGGCAUCAGAGUGUCCCACCGCCCAUGAGGAAAACCCCCCGAACAGGGAGUCGCUACGCCGCUUUGACGGGACAGGGGCUGGACAUCAAGGCCGCCUUCCCCACGUCAGACACCAGCCCCAUCCUGUUCGCCAGCUCCCCCCCCGAAGCCACGCUGGAGAGCGAGGAGCUGUGAGCCGGGUGGGGGCCACGUUCUGUGACCUCCCUGAAGGAGCAAAGGAUGAGCAGAUGUUGCAUUUAUUCAUAGCAGAGGAGCAAACAGCUCCAGCUCUGACAGUGAGUCUGUCACCAUUCCUCAAACACGGAGCCUUUUACACACAAACUAUGCAAAUGAGCAAAGUCUUAGCUCCCGAGCCCCCAAUGCAGGAGGGGGGGUGUCCCGUACAUUAAAAUGGUUUUUACUUUAUUUUCAACAUGAUUCUGAAUUCUGAUCUGCUCUGGAAUGUUGCUGUUGCUUUUUAACAAGCACCUUUAUCAGCUUUUAUUCUGAAAAUCACACACGUUUGAUUUUAAGCUAUACAAUGUAGAUUUAAUCCAUCUGUCCUAUAACUAUUGCAUCAGAGAGGGAGGAGGAUCAGGAAAUGAGCCCAUGUGCUGCCAAUGAAACAACAAUAAAUAUUUAUCAAAGAGGAAACUUAAAUUAUUAAAUCAAAAAGCAGAAUCUGUAAAGUGAUCAGAAACAUCAGACCUUUUGCAGGACCGCUCUGCAGGACUUUCACAGGCAGCUGAUGAUUCAUUCUUCAAAGUUCCCUUCAUCCCAUCACCUGGUGGAUCCGUGUUCCCUCAAAAAAUAAAUACAUAAAAUCCCACCCUUCAAACAAAGUAGGCAAACUUUUUUUUCUAAAAUGUUCCUGAGCUCCUCCCCUCGAUUCUGUGUAGGGAUGCUUCUCUGAGGCCUUCAAAGAUCCUCCAUGGAUACUGAAUGGAAUUCUGCUCCAUCCGGAUUUUCAGGAUUUCCCUUUCCAAGAAAUAGUUGAAGCUGCCUCUCACUGCUUUGAUUUUGUUUUUAAUUUAUUUGAUUUUAAACUUAAGAUUAAUCAAACAAACUGUGAAACUUCAAAUCCCCUGAAAUCUUUCCAGAACAAUCCCAGAAUCAUUUCUCUGCUGCAUUGUCAAUACUUCACAUUUUUGCACCGUUAUUUAAGCGCUUGCCAAAGACACACAAACUCUGUGUCUGUUUAACUAUGAUGCGGUUCAUUUGAAAACUGUCUCUUUUAAGUUUUGUUUCUUGUGAGUUUAUGAAUCUUUGUACUAAAGAGUAUUUAUCGGCUUAAGUUUGUGUUAUUUCAGGUCUUUCUUGUCAGCAUUAAAAUGGAAAACUCAUGAAUAAGACGCUCAAUUCCUGAAUUUUGUUCAAUUUAAGUGCUUUUAAAAAAAGAAAAACUAUAUUCAACUGAUGUAAAGUUGCACACUGUAUAAUAGUUUUGUUUGAAUAAAGUUCUAUUUAUUCUU